AUGGGAACCUUUCUGUUCAAAUGGGAGCAUCCUGCCUCCGAGGUCUACGUGACCGGCACGUUCGACGAUUGGAAGAAGACAGAGAAGCUGGAAAAAGUUGGCGGGCACUUCGAGAAGGCGGUGGCACUUAAAGAUGCAUCAGCUAAGAUAUAUUAUAAGUUUGUCGUCGACGGCAACUGGGUCACCGACCACACCGCACCGAAAGAAAUUGACGAGAGCGGUAACGAGAACAAUAUCCUAACCCCUGAUCGUAUUGUUAAAGAAGCGCCUGCAACCGCUGCCAUCAUGAACACUGUUACGCCGGACUCUACAACCGCUGCUUUGGCCGCAGCUGUGCCACUGGAGAAGAAGAAUGAGGAGGUGCCAGGCACUUUCCCCGAGACCCCCUCUGCGGGACUCGACGGGGCCGGCGAUUUUGGAGUAAACCCCCUGCCGGCUGCUGCCGGCGCCGUUAACCCUAUCAAGCUUGCUCCGGGCGAGAAGAUCCCCCAGGGUCUCACUGCCAAUGGCACUACCGACCAAGUUAAGCUCGAUCCCGAGUCGUACGAGAAGAGCGACACCAUUCCAGGUGGCUUGCCCCUUACCCUGAACUCUGCCGCACCGUUGUCUACAACUGCUGUUUUGGCGGGGAGCGUACCCCUCGAGCCAAAGGUUCCUGAGGCAGUAAAAGAGAGCCAGGAGAAAGCACACGUUGGUCCCGGAGCCAGUGGCAUCGCAGAGGAGGUCAAGGAGAAAGCUGAGGUCGAGAGCGAGCUUCUGGACAAGGUGAAGGAAGCGCCCACUACGUCUGAAGGUACUGCUGGCAAAGGCACUGAGAAGACGGAGGACGUCGUUACUCCCGGCGAGGCCGCUGCAUCUGUUGCGGCUGCGGCUACUGCUGUUGGCGCCGCUGCAGUCGUUGGUGCUGUUGCUGCCAAGGACAUCGCUGUUGAGAAGGCUACAGUAGCUCAAACCUCUGCUAUCGAAGCAGCCGCGAAUCUACCCGACUCGGCCAAGGAACAACUUCCAGAGUCUGUUCAAAAUGCCAUUGGAACCACGAAGAAGGAGGAGACCCGCGAGGAAGUCUCCCCUGAGGUGCCUGCUGAGGUCAAGGAAUCUAUUAUCGAAGCUGGAAAAGACCCGGAAGCCGCUGCAAACACGGAAGCAGUCGAGGACAAGAAGGCCGUCGAAGCCGAGUUGUUAAAGGAGGUCAAAGCCGUUGACGCAGAAGCUGCCGGCAACUCUUCAGAGAUUAGAAUACCACCAGCUUCGGAAUCAGCUAUCGCCAACGGUGCCAACGGUGCCAACGGCCACCAGGAAACUGUAAAGCCUGUUGAAAUCAAGCGAGUGCCAACCAACACUGAGCCCACCGCCCCGGCUACCCUAGCUGUUCCCGAAACUACGGCUCAGCCGACUGAGGUGACCAGCCCUACCAGUAGCGCCAAGCCAGCUAACGGCGCUGCAACUGAGAAGAAAAAGAAGAGCAGGCUCAGCUCCAUCUUCGGCAAGGUUAAAAGCAAGCUGUCUGGCAAAUAA